AUGGCACCCCCGGGAUCACUGAAAUGGCGAGUCGGCGAUGAGGAGACAGCCCGUAGCACUGCUAGGACGACUUUCGUCGAGACAGAGAAAGGCGAAGGCUCGGACUCUCGCAGAAGGUCUCGAUCACGGAGCCGCCGCAGGAGUCGCAGCAUCGACCCAGCCAAUGCCUUGCCAAUCCAGCAUCGCACUCUGUCAAUUGACAUUGAAGAAGCUCGGAGGGCUGAUUAUCGCAAGAGCGGUGAUAGAACUAGAGAUGCUAUCGUUUCAAAGUUUGAAUCGACAGAAUGGCAUAAACUAGCCACUGAAGAGAUCCAGAAACGUCUCAGCGUCGACACACAGUCCGGCCUCUCGACAUCCGAUGCGCAAAAGCGUCUACAGGAGCAUGGCAAAAACAAGAUUACACCAAUUCCCAACCCCAUUCUCUGGACUAUUUUCGGAUAUUUCUUCAAAGGCUUUGGAGGUAUUCUGUUUGUGGGCGGAAUCCUCGUCAUGGUCUCCUGGAAACCGCUGGGAAAUCCACCAGCCGUCGCAAAUCUUGCCCUGGGCAUAGUACUGUUUGCUACAUUUCUUUUGCAGGCAGCAUUCAGUGCAUGGCAGGACUGGUCGUCUUCUCGUGUGAUGAAAACCAUCAAUGCUAUGCUGCCGGAAUCGUGUGUGAUCCUUCGUGAUGGCGUACGCAGCGAGGUUCAGGCUAUGGACAUUGCCCCAGGUGAUAUUAUUUUUCUCAAGGCGGGCAAUAAAAUCCCUGCAGACUUGCGUUUCUUGGAGGUUUCACAUGAUACAACUAUUGAUCGAGCAGUCCUUACUGGAGAGUCAAAGCCAAUCAAGGCUACUUUGGAGUCGACCGACGACAAUUACCUCGAGACGCACUGCAUAGGCCUUCAAGGAACACAUUGUGUCUCGGGAAGUGCUACUGGUAUUGUGGUUGCAACUGGUGAUUCUACUGUAUUUGGCCAGAUCGCGAAGCUCUCUGGUGAACCGAAGACAGGUUUAACCACGAUUGAAAAGGAGGUAUUGCGCUUUGUGCUGCUAAUUGUUGCAAUCAUGGGAACCUGGAUUGUGAUUCUAGUUUCUAUUUGGGGAGGCUGGCUUCGCAAAGAGCACCCAAAUUGGAUCAACGUGCCUGCGCUCAUUGUUUCCUGCGUUUCCGUUACCAUCGCAUACAUUCCAGAAGGUUUGCCCAUUGCUACAAGUGCCAGUUUGACUAUCACAGCAAACUUGAUGAAGAAGCAUAAAAUCUUGUGCAAGUCUCUCAAAACAGUAGAGACCUUGGGUGCGGUAUCGGUCAUUUGUUCUGACAAGACCGGAACUCUGACGAGGAAUAAAAUGUUUGCCACAGACUACUCCUUGGGGACCACCAAACUAGUUGUUGGCGAAUCCGAGAAAGAAAUGCAAUCUCCCGCAACCCAACAGGUUCGAGCGAUUGCUGGUCUUUGCAACUCGGCCGAGUUCGACCAGUCUUCAGCCUCACUUCCUUUAGCAGACCGACACAUCUUCGGUGAUGCAACGGAUCAGGCGGCUCUGAGAUUCUCGGAGAGUCUCGGACCCGUGUCUGCUCUGCGUGACGCCUGCAAAUUCAUUUUUGAACUUGCCUUUAACAGCAAAAAUAAGUUCAUGGCGAAGGCGUUCAAGUUCCAGAACGGUCAAGGUCGCAGUAUUUGCCUCUCUCCUGCGGAAAAUGGCAGUGUCGAGGCAGACAGUCUUUUUCUUUCUGUAAAAGGUGCUCCGGACAUCUUGAUUGAGCGGUGCACAUCCAUUCUCAUGCCUGAUGGAACAGUAUCUCCCCUGACGAGCGAUGUCAAAUCCAGAGUAUUACUGAUGAAAGAUGAAUGGUCUAUGAAUGGAAAACGAGUCAUUCUACUGGCAAGAAAGCUUAUAAGAGAGCCGAACAUACUCCCCGAGCCCGGGUCGCCUGAUCUGGAAGCUAAAAUGAUGGAGGAAUUGCAAGGAGGUCUCACUUUGGUCAGCCUAUUGGGAAUUGUCGAUCCGCCUAGGCAAGAGAUACCCGAAGUGGUUAAAACUCUUCACGGUGCUGGGAUUCGGGUUUUCAUGGUCACUGGAGAUUUCGGACUCACGGCUCUCGCCAUUGCACGACAGUGCAAUAUUGUGACCAGAGAUUCUGUCCAUGGCAUCUCAAAUCUCGUGCGAUUUCCCUCUGCAAAUGAUGAUACUCACAAGCCUACACCUACAGCAGCAAUUCUCUUAAACGGCUCCGAUCUCAUCACUCUCAAUGAUCAUCAAUGGAGCCAACUUUGUGCGUAUCCUGAAAUUGUAUUUGCCCGCACAACCCCCGAUCAGAAACUCCGAAUUGUUCGCGAGUUGCAGUCCCGAGAUGAGGUUGUCGGUAUGACGGGCGAUGGUGUAAACGACGCCCCAGCUCUGAAAGCUGCGGACAUCGGCAUUAGUCUUUCCAGCGGCUCAGAUAUCGCCAUUGAGGCGGCCGAUAUGGUCUUGCUUGAUUCAUUCGGCGCUAUUGUCGAGGCUGUCCGCUAUGGCCGACUGGUGUUCGAUAACCUGAAGAAGGUCAUUGCCUACUUGCUUCCUGCUGGUUCGUGGUCUGAGUUUUGGCCCGUCUUUGCAAACAUUGCCUUUGGUAUCCCUCAAAUUUUGUCAUCUUUCUUGAUGAUCAUCAUUUGUUGCUUCACUGACUGCAUCGGCUCCAUUGCUCUUGCAUAUGAGGUUCCUGAAGCAGAUGUUCUGCUUAGACCCCCACGCAACACCAAGAAAACGAGACUUGUAAACUGGCAGCUCAUGUUUCACGCUUACGCCUUCACUGGCAUGAUUGAAACAACUUUAUCAUUUACCAUGGCCUUUUGGUAUUUGCAGCGAAACGGAAUCCCAUUUUCCGACCUCUGGUUCAAGUUCGGAGAACUGCCCUCUUACAUCGACCCGGACUAUUAUAACUCGCAGCUGAACGUGGCUAGUUCCAUCUACUUUAUCAACCUGGUUAUCAUGCAAUGGUUCAACUUGAUGGCGGUCCGUACUCGAACCCGCUCCAUCUUCCAGCAUCCUCCCUUGUUCAACAAAGAGACUCAAAAUCUACUACUCUUCCCCGCCAUUCUUAUUGCCUUGGGACUUGCUGUAAUUUGGCUCUACAUUCCCGAGCUGCAGGUCGUUCUGAGCACUGCAGGUCCCCCGGUCGAGUUCUAUUUCUAUCCUGCUGCGCUUGGCAUUGGACUACUUGGCUUGGAUGAAAUUAGAAAGGCUAUGGUUCGACGAUAUCCCGAUGGUCUUCUCGCAAAGAUGGCUUGGUAA